CUCAUUUCUUGCACUGGUAAUUGAGUCACAUUGUUGAAUAAACGUUUCUUUUUUUUUUCUGUACAUAUAAUGAGAACCAUCUCUCUUGUCAAGAGACUCAAAUGGUCGUUUUCAGGCAAUAUGAAUCCUCAUGCUCUUGUUGUGGGCGACAUUGAUGAUGAUAAUGAAAACGAGUUUGUGAUUGGCAAUCUCAAUGGCGAUCUAGCCAUGUUCAAAGGACAGUGUGAAGACGGCUUUCCUUCCUAUGUCUGUCGAGGACUAGGCACUAUCACAUGCAUAGCUAUAGGCAAUGUGAGAAACAACGGCAAGAAUUCUGUUGUAGUAAUCAAUGCAGAAGGACAUGCUCAUAUCUUUGAUAUACCAACAAAACAGAAGGUCAAUACAGACCAGCAUAUCUCUGUAGAUGAUUAUUUGCGAGGAGGACGACGUUCAUCCGACACAGCCAGUGUACAAGCGUUUCGGCGGAUGAUGACAACCGGCAAUGUGUCUAUGCACACAGAAGAUCCUCGGUCUCAACAAGACGCUAAAUCAAGCUCACCUAUCCAUGAUCUUGGAAAGCCAAACUUGACACUCAAAGUACCAGUCAAUGUGAACAAAAUACUGAUUGCAGACAUAGACAAUGAUGGACUGAACGAGUUGAUUUUAGCCAGAACAGAUCGCAUAUUGCAUGCAUUUCAACUGCUGCCUUCAGGUACCACGACAGGACACAUAUACAAAGGAGUCAAGACACCAUCUUCUUUGUCUCCUUCUGCAUCUUCAGUCAAUCUGCAGACAAAGAAGACCAAGGAAGACAGUUUACUGGAUAAAAACAUGUGGAUAUUUGAUGGUCAAAUCAGUAGUUUGUGCGCCACUACACAUCCUCAUCAUCUCAAUGAGCCCUUGCUGCUAGUAGCACAACCAGGUAAUACGUUUACUAUGAUCGAUAAGGACGGCAAACGGUACAAUAGGGACUUUACACCACAAAAGAGCCGCACAUUAGCCCAACAGAUCUCUCCUCCACCUUCUUCCAUCCAAGACGAAUACAUUGUGUCAAAGCAAGAAGGCCAGGAAAUCAUAGAGGAUCCUUCUAUAAAUGAUGAUGGUAGAGAAUUGAACUUUAAGAGAUCGAAUUAUGUAGUCAGAAACUGGCCUGCGCAUGUUGCACACCAUAACGACGAGGAAGCAGUAGAGAGUGGUGCAGUAGCUACAGAGAUUGUGAUGGGCAAAAGACACUUGUUAGGAGAUACGUAUUCCAGUAGCGAAGUCGGAAUGCUUAGUAUGGAUGGCAAAUUCUCUAUUUAUGAUCUCAAGACAGAGACUAUCUCUCAAAAAGACUUGUAUGUCACCCAUAAACUGUUUAGUUUGGCGACUUUGGACGUUUCUUCAUUACCACAGCAAGUUAAUUAUACUAAGCCUAGUGGAAUACAAACACCUAUGAGCAGUACUUCUCAUUUACGCUUUUCUACAACACCACACAAAGGAUCCCUCAAUUCUAGGUCAUCUUCAUUUACAGGUUCUAGACGCAACAGCAAGCACGUAGAAGAGCAUACCUCAGAAGAAGAGGAAGAAGAAGAUAGUGACUAUGAAAGUGAAGCAUGGAGUGAAAACGGCAGUGAGUUAGAAGAUGAGCCAGGUUGUGAUUUGUUUGUUGCCUGUGCCUGGAAUGGAGUGACUUAUCUGAUUGACUGGAGCAAAAAAGAAGAAGAAAAGAUCAAGUAUCAAUUGGUCAAGUUUGCAUUUGAAGGACGCGUUUGUGCAUUUACUGCUGGUCUUUAUUCUGUUGAAAACUAUGUUAAUGUGCCGUGUUUGUUCUAUGUAGAUUUUGAGGAUCAGAUCUAUGUCUAUUACGAUGUCCGUAUUACUCCAGGACCAGUGACAGGGUUUAUUGAUACUAUUGAUGAUGAUGUAGAAGAAGCACUGGAUAGAAUCAUAGGCAUUGAAAGUGGUAUUGAAGCACUUUUAGAGCAAAAACAGCAACAACAACAUCCUCAUGAAAAGAUAGACUUGGGUGAUGGAUGGCAAGGCAUUGCUGAAGAAGAAGAAGAAGAAGAAGAAGAAGAAGAAGAAGAAGAAAAAGAAGAAGAAGAAGGUUAUGAAGCGUCCCAGUUUACUACAGACAGAGAAGGUGAUAUCUCAGAUACAGAUCCUCUUAAUCUUGCAGAGUUCAUUCACGAGUGCUUAUAUGGAUUCCAUGACAUGAAAGAGAGAAUGGAAAGCGAAAUACUCAAGGUGAAAAAAAAAAUAGCUUUUUGUGGUGAUGAUAGCUUAUACUUUGUUACAUAGUUUGAACAAGAUCAUCUUUCAAACAGGCUUCCACCAGGAGGAGAUGUAAGACGCCUAUCAGAUUUGAACAUCAGCCUAGAACCACCUUCAUUAGACGAAGACAUACUGUUAGACAUUGGUUCAGGCAUAUUGAAUAGAGACAAAAUACACCAAGCAGAGGAGGAAGAAGAAGAAGAAGAAGAAGAAGAGGAAGAAAGUCAUCGUCUGUAUCCAGUCAAUAGUCAGAUUAGCGAAGAAUCCUCUGAAAGCUAUGACAAUGAUACGCACAUUGUGUCAUGGAUUGAAGGUUCGCUUAUGAAUUCAUCAAUGUUUAAUAAAGAAGGCAAUGAGAAUGACAAUCAUUCAUUGUCUAGUGAUUUUUGAUA